CACGUGGCCAAUGUGUAAACGAAGUGUGACGUGUCACAGAUCAUGUAACCAGGAAGAGUCUGCUAAAACCUCACCAUGCUAACAGGAGAUACCAACGAUGAAGACGUGUCUCUGUUUGAUGCCGAGGAGGAUGCAGGACAAAGGUCAAAGAAGUUCGUCAAGCAUCCGGUGGCAUCCUUCUUCCACCUCUUCUUCAGAGUCAGCGCCACGCUCGUCUACCUGUUCUGUGAGUUGAUCAGCGGUAGUUUCAUCGCCUCCAUGGUCACCAUCAUCCUGCUGCUGUCAUGUGACUUCUGGACUGUAAAGAACAUCACAGGGAGGUUGAUGGUUGGUCUGCGGUGGUGGAACCAGGUGGAUGACGACGGACAAGGCCACUGGGUGUUUGAGUCACGGAAGGGUACUGGGAAGCAGCAAGCAUCGGAUUCGGAAUCCCGAAUCUUCUGGCUCGGACUGAUAGUUUGCCCUGUCAUCUGGGGCAUCUUUGCUUUUAGCACACUAUUCUCAUUCAGGAUUAAAUGGAUGCCUGUGGUGAUCAUGGGUUUGGUGUUGCAAGGAGCUAAUCUCUACGGAUAUGUGCGGUGUAAAGUGGGAGGAAAGACCAGCUUAAAGAACAUGGCCACUAAUUAUUUUGGCCGACAGUUUCUGAAACAGGCGCUGUCUAAAGAAGAGGAGUCAUAGAGUUUUACACAUCUGCAUUAUUCCUAAUGCUAUAUUAUAAGUGGACACAGAAAUCUUUCUAACAUGGACUAAAGAUAUUGGUUUUGUGUUUAAUAUUUGCAUCCUCAGAACAGACUUAUUUUCAUGUUUUAUUUAGAGGUCAGAGGUUUGGUUGCUUUUUUUUCAGUAACUGAACUUGAGCAAUAAACUCUUUACUAACACCUCCGCCACAAGUAACAAAACCCUGAAAUCUUAACCUGACUUUUGUUUGUGUUCUAGUCUCAUAAAUACUGUACAUCACAUCUUUAGUUUGUUUUUUCAUUUCCUUGUAAUAAUUUAAAGUAACUCUAAACAGCUUUUCAGAUGCUUUGUAUUAGGUUGUUUUUCUUGCACAACAGACCGUGUAAAGCAUCUCUUGUAAAUAUGUAAGUAAACAAACAAUGCAGAAUA